AUGUUCAUCGACCAGUUGGACGUCGCGAGCGCGGACCUGAGCGGCCUGCAGUUCGGCGCUCCUGGCGGCGGGUUGCCGGUGGGCGUGGCGGGCGGCCAUGUCUACCGCUUUCGCGUGGCGCCCUCGCCGUCCGAGGUCGUGUCGAUCUUGGCGGGAGGGGCCACGGCUGCGGUCGUGGAGCGGCUGGCGCGCGGGCGAGCCCAACCUGCGGGCGCCGCCGCCGCUGGCGGCGUUGGAGGCAUCGCACCUAUGGCCGCGCCCGUGCCUCUGCCGCGCCAUGCGCGGCGGCUCCGCCGCCUCCGCCCCCGCGCCGGGCCAGGGCUGGCUGCUCGUCGGGCGCUGGACAAGCUUGGCCAGGGCCGCGUGGUGGGCCAGGAGGUGGCGCUGCCGCCCGCCAAGCUCGACUUCGGCGGCCGCUCGGUCGUGAUGGUGGCCAGUGAGUUCUGCGCGGCCACCCGCCUGGGCGCGGGCACCGACAUAGACGCCUGGGCGCGUGAGCGGCGCGCCCUCCUCCAGCGAGGCGAGCCGCGUCUGCUGGCCUGGGCGCGCGGCGCUGCGGCUUCUUCUUUCUUGGCCCAUUCGCGCCUGAUGAUUUGCGAUGCGAGAGUGCAGAUACUCUUGAAAGGGCCCGACACGAUUGGCGACGCGGUCGUGGGCCUGCAGGCGCGGUCGCCCGGCGGGUUCAUGGCUUCCCACGAGCGCUGGCCACAAUGUGCCGACUCAUACCAGACCACAACAUCGCGCGUUGUCGGAUUGUGCCUCGCAUUGUGCAUCCCGACGGCUGGAACUCCCGAUCGAAUGAGGAAGAAACAACGGCCUAAGCAUAAGCUUUUGGAAGUCCGCUCGGAUUUUUGGAUCGGCGCCGGAUUUCCCUCCCCGGCGCGCCUCCUGCGCAGUACGGGCUGUGCCAGAGGCGCCGCCAGGGGGACCCAGCUCCGAUUCACGGAAUCCGCGUGUUCAUCCGAAAGGUUACGCUCUUGUCGUGUUUUGUGCCUCUAG